AUGCGAGAGUUGAAAGACAUGUUGAAAUUAAUGGCGUCAUCUUCAGAUAUAGAGAACGAGGAAAUAGACAAAAUAGCACAGAGAUCCACGAACCUAAACUAUUUUACAGACAUGCACACGGAGACGGCUCUACGAAGAAUGCGACCCAAGUGCUAUUCUGAAAUUACAAAGCCCACUAUAAAAAUAGAAUGCUUCAACGAGGAGACGCUCUUCUACAUAUUCUACGCCAUGAAUGAGACAGAGAUGCAGAUACGCGCAUACAAUCAGAUCAUAGACAAGGGAUACUACUACAGCACGCAGUUGGAAGAGUUCGUAAUUUUGGGAGACACAAAGUGCGCAGACAAUCAAACCAAGACGAUUCUGGUGUUUAAUCCAUACAAAUGGGAGAAAGAAAACGUAGAUAUACUUUUUGACGACGCAUUUAUAAACUCGCUGGUCACUACAAAAAUACCUGUGUAA